CGAGAUUCAAAGAGAUAGCAGCAGCAUCUUCUUCAGCUCUUCAGCUGUUAUCCCAAACCGGAAGCGCGAGAGGAUUGCGCGAGAGCUCGCGAGAAUGGCGGUCACGCUCAGCAAUGGAUUCAAAAUACCAGCGAUCGGCCUCGGCGUGUGGCGAAUGGAGAAGCAGGAGAUGAGGGACCUCAUCAUCAACUCCAUCAAGAUCGGCUAUCGCCACUUCGAUUGCGCCGCUGAUUAUCUGAAUGAAGCAGAAGUUGGCGAGGCGCUUGCUGAAGCGUUGCAGACGAGGCUUGUCAAGAGGGAGGAACUUUUCAUCACCACCAAGCUUUGGAAUUCAGAUCAUGGGCAUGUCGUAGAGGCCUGUAAGGACAGUCUGAAGAAGUUACAGCUUGAUUAUUUGGAUCUCUACCUUAUUCACUUCCCUAUAGCAACUAAACACACUGGAGUUGGCAAAACCGGUAGUGCUCUGGAUGAUGAGGGGGUGCUGGAAAUUGACACAACCAUAACUUUGGAAACAACAUGGCGGGCCAUGGAAGAUCUUGUCUCAAUGGGUUUAGUUCGAAGCAUCGGGAUCAGCAACUACGACAUCUUCCUAACCAGAGAUUGCCUGGCCUACUCCAAAGUGAAGCCCGCUGUUAAUCAAAUUGAAACCCAUCCAUAUUUCCAACGCGAUUCCCUUGUUAAGUUCUGUCAGAAACAUGGUAUCUGUGUGACUGCACACACUCCCCUCGGGGGCGCUGUUGCAAACGCAGAAUGGUUUGGUUCCGUUUCGUGCUUGGAAGAUCCAGUUCUCAAGGGUCUGGCUGAAAAGUACAAGAAGACAGUUGCACAAGUAGUUCUGAGGUGGGGUAUCCAACGCAAUACCGUUGUCAUUCCAAAGAGCUCAAAGGUUGAGAGGUUGGAAGAGAACUUUCAGGUCUUUGAUUUCGAGCUUGCGGAAGAGGACAUGGCCCUGAUCAAGAGUAUCGACCGGGCACACCGGACUAAUCAACCUGCGAAGUUUUGGGGCAUAAACCUAUUUGCUUGAGUAUGUCCAGAAGCAUGAUUGCUUAGGACGGAUGCUGCUGCUUUUCAUAUGGAGAAUAAUUACGUGGGAGGUGAAAUGCAUACUUGUAGCUUGUCGAAACACUUGUGCGCCGAGUCUCUUAUUGAAUUGCACCUGUCAAUGUCGAAACAUGUUGUAUCUCUUACCUGGACAAACUGUUCGGUUUGAUGUUUCGACGAAAAGUACCGCGACAACACCUCCAUGGUUAUUUUUGUGGA